AAAAAAUCAAGAAUGAAGUAAGUGAUUAUUUACUAAAUGGUAGAAAUUAGAAAAUUUAAAUUAUUAAUAUAACGAAAGAUGGCUAAUAGGACAGUAAAAGAUGCAAAGUCCAUUCAUGGAACUAAUCCUCAAUAUUUAGUUGAGAAGAUUAUUCGUUCUCGCAUAUACGAUUCAAAAUAUUGGAAGGAGGAAUGCUUUGCUCUUACAGCUGAAUUAUUGGUAGAUAAAGCCAUGGAAUUACGGUACGUUGGAGGUGUUUUCGGUGGAAACAUAAAACCUACACCGUUUUUAUGUCUGAUUUUAAAGAUGUUGCAAAUUCAACCUGAAAAGGACAUUGUAGUGGAGUUUAUAAAAAAUGAAGAGUUUAAAUAUGUAAGAGCUUUGGGAGCUUUUUAUAUGCGUCUAACUGGUUCUUCUUUAGAUUGUUAUAAGUAUCUGGAACCUCUAUAUAAUGACAACCGAAAGUUAAGGAGACAAAACCGCCAAUCACAGUUUGAAAUUGUACAUAUGGAUGAAUUUAUUGAUGAACUUUUGAGAGAAGAAAGGGUUUGUGACGUAAUUGUACCAAGGAUACAAAAACGAGCCCUUCUAGAAGAAAGCAAUGAAUUAGAAGCAAAAAUAUCUGCUUUGGAAGAUGAUUUAGAUGAUGACAUCGAAAUGGAGGAUGAAGAAGAAAUACUAAAGUACACCUUAGAUCAAACUCCAAAGGUAGAAAAGAAAAAAACUAAGAAAAGAAAUAGAAGUAGGUCACGAGAACGGCAUCAUAGUAGAGAAAGAGAUAAAUAUAAGAAAGAUAAAGACAGAGAUCAUGGAAGAGAUAGAGACAAGGACAGGAGAGAUAAAGACAAAGAUAAAGAUAGAAGGGAUAGAGAUAGGAGGCGAGACGAUUAUAAGAGAGAUGACGAUAGAAGAAGACGAUAAUAUAGUUUUAAAAUAAUUAUAUAUAAGCUUUUUGUAUAAUAAAU